UUAUCAUCAGUAAAGAAGAAAUGUGUUUUGAACAUUGUUACAACAGUUUUAUCGUUUAAGUUCAUCCGUGUUUUUGUGGGAUAUGUAAUUACCUUCUUUGAAAUAUAUAGUGUGUGAUUAAGCAUUAAAUAAUGCAUUGAACUAUGUUGGAACGUAGAUGUAGAAGACGUCGUAGUUUGCGCAGUGUUUUGCUUUUCGCUGUAGGUUUUUGUAGCUUAUUCGCAUGCUUUUCUUGGUAUACUUUGCUCUGUUGUAGGCCAAAUGUUUAUGGUGAAUAUGUCAUCAACAACUAUCCUAGCUACUACGCCCCAAGUUUAGAAACUCAAAACCAAUUAUAUUCAAGCAAUAAUAAUCCCCAGAAUAUUCAAGCUACCACUGAAAGCGAUAAUUUGAAAUUUUUUCCAUCCAAAAUGCCAUCUCACGUUUCAGAAACAGUAUCCAGCAACACAACCAAAGAACCUUUUCAUUUUGAAAAUGAUGUGGUUGACAGCCCAGCAACAGACAGUUUUGGCAGCACAGAAAAGAGUUAUCAGUACAUUCGUUCGGAAAGUAAGACUUAUGUUCCGACAUCGCCUAGUGAGCCACUAUCAUCAAUAAUAUCUCCCCAUUCUCUCCCACCAACAAUUGAACUUGACCGAUAUGCAGUGAAAGCAUGGCUUCCUAGAGGUAUCAAAGAAAGGGUAGAGUCCAACAGUUACGAAUCUUCUACUGAAAUUACGGUGUCUACUCUGGAUGUUUUUCCCGCGCCGUACACCACUACGCCAACUCCUGUGUACCAGCAAGGAACACCAAAGAGGACAGUAAUCAGUCCACCCGUGAAAAGAUUGCCACAGGCUUUGAUCAUCGGAGUCAAGAAGUGUGGGACAAGAGCUUUGCUGGAAUUUCUGAGGGUUCAUCCAGAUAUUAGAGCAUCUGGUCCUGAAACGCACUUCUUUGAUCGUCACUAUCAGAAGGGCUUGGAGUGGUAUAGACAACAAAUGCCAUCAAGCUUGGAAGGCCAGAUCACAAUGGAAAAGACUCCAAGCUACUUCAUCACGAAGGAAGUCCCUCCAAGAAUUCACUCUAUGUCUCCAUCCGUCCGCUUACUCGUCGUAGUUCGCGAUCCUGUCACCAGGGCCAUAUCAGACUAUACACAGUCCACAAGCAAGCGAAAGGACACGCCCUCUUUCGAGGACAUGGCCUUCCUCAACGUCAGCACAGGACUAGUGGACACUUCUUGGAGUGCCAUCAGAAUAGGAGUGUACGCUCGCUUCUUGGAGUGGUGGACACGUUAUUUCGGGUUGGACAGAAUGCUGUUCAUCAGUGGUGAGAACCUUAUCAGGGAUCCUGCUGGAGAAAUGGGUAGGGUUCAGGACUUUUUAGGAUUGAAACAAGUCAUAUCAGAUAAACAUUUCUACUUCAAUGAGACCAAAGGUUUCCCUUGCCUCAAGAAGUCAGAAGGCAGUGGAAAUCCGCACUGUUUAGGCAAGACAAAAGGCAGGACACAUCCUGAUAUAUCACUUUCCACCAUCCAGAGGCUGAGAGACUUCUACAGACCUUUUAACGUCAAAUUUUAUCAAAUGGUAGGAAGAAAUUUUGGAUGGCCGUAAUAAAAAAACACCUUUGCAUACAAAAACAUGCUCUGUGUCCAGUUCCCACAUAUCUAAAUAGGUAUAAAAAAUGUAAAACUUAAGUAUUCAAAGAACUAUUUUUAUUCCUUAUUAGCAAAAUUAAAAUUUUAAAGACCGCCAAACUUUUUAAUAAUUCACUUAUUAAUGGUAUUUGACUAUUGUUAAUACGAAAGAAUCAAGGAAAUGCUUGUUACGCAUUUUCAAAGAAGUUUUUAACUUUUUAUCGAAAACUUUAGAAUGAAAAUGAGUUUUUAAAAUGCUUUUUGAACAGAUAUAUUAUACCUUUCUGUUAUUUAGAUUUAUAUUCUAUUCUAAAAGUUGUUUUUUAAAUUAUUGGUUAUCAUUAAAUAAAUUUAAGCAACAAAUGUGAAUUUCAGCAUUUACCUGAAGCAUAAAUGUUGUAAUUUUAAUGCAGUAUUAUAAAAAAAUAUGUGAAAUGC